AUGCCGCGUCACGAAGCGGCGCGGAACGAUGACUGCGAGCUUCUCGUUGCUGUGCUGGCUCUCUUGAGGCUGCCGCAAGACGAGGAAAGCAUGGGCCAAGAAGAUGUGGCUGCUGUUGCAGCACAGCGGCGCAUCCGAACAACAGCGAAGCGUAUAGCGUCGGGCGCGCCAACCGACGAAGCCUCCUCCACUUCAAUCACCUCGAACCUCUCGGCCCUGACCCGAUUGUGCGAUAACAAGUUCUUGACGUACAGCUACGAGAGCAUCCCGCUCGUCUGGAGGUCGAUCUACAUCGGUGCGCAGCUGCUCCAAGCAUGCCAUGCUCUCACAGCCUUUGACUUGGCUCGCCAAGGUGCCGUUCUGAGUCGAUGCAUUCGCGAUCUGGACUUGGCGCUCAUCGUUGCGGGCGCCGGAUCCACCGAACAGGGACAUCUCUGUCACCAGAUAAUCGCCUCGCUCCAAGCAAAGCUACUCGAAGUCGACCCCAGCUGCUCAACCCAGACGUUGCGGCGAUCUAGCGGCGACCGUCCGCCUCGUAAGCGGUCGAGAUGGGCACCGUCCGACGUCUUGAGUCCAACAGCUUGUGACGCGAUCCAAGCUACCACGCCGGUUCUGGAUUUCGACUUUGAGCACGCGCCCUCUUUCAUCGAAUUGGCUGCGCCGGAUUCUGUUCUUCGUUCCAAGCCUUUUGUAGUCAGGUCGUAUGCGCAGGGCUCGGGCUGGCCUGCUGUGCAGCCAGGUCCAGAUGGUCCCUCAUGGUCGUCGAUGCAGCACCUGCUGCGUUCAGCGGGCCCAGCUAGAGUCGUGCCCAUCGAAGUGGGAGCGAACUACAUUCGCAACGAUUGGGGUCAAGAUGUCAUGCUCUGGAGCGAUUUCCUCCGCCAGUGUCGUUGGGGUGACGAUGAAGUACCCAUCGGUGCAAAAGACGAGCAAGCAGGGUCUGCUGAUUGCUCGAAUCGACACAUGCUCUACAUGGCUCAAUACGAUCUCGCUUCCCAGUUUCCUGCCCUGGAAAGCGACUACGUGCUCCCUGACUACGUCUUCACGUCUCCGCCCCCUCCCAGCGAAUGGCCGACCUACAGGCCUCCUUCUACAUCCGAUGGUGUCAUCAACAACCUCUGGAUCGGUCCCGCUGGCACCGUCUCUCCUCCGCACUACGACCCGUUCUACAACUGCUUCGUUCAGGUCGUAGGCUACAAGGAAGUUUGGGUGGCACCUCCGUACUGCAAGCCGAGUAAGAUCAACCGCACCUCGGAGCAAGCAUCGGUGUUUCAGAGCUGCGCAACAGAAACCAACGUCUCUGCGGACACAGAUAACAAAGGAUCGAUAACAGAGUCUCUGAUGGCGAACACGGCCAACAUCGAUGUCUUUGACUCGCACGAAGCGGUGCCAGAAUUUGUACGGAGCGCAGCUUACAAAGCCGUCCUCGGGCCUGGUGAUCUUCUGUAUAUGCCGCCGGAGUGCUGCCGUGUGGGACCAGGCAAAGUAUCAGAGUCAUUACCCACGUUGACGGUAAAACACGCACAAACAUCCUCCAGUGGCGAAGGUGCCUUUGCUGCUGCAAUCACCAUCAUCGAUCUACGGGUUUUGCAGCUGCGAAACAGCACGACAUUGAGCUCCUAG